UUCCCCUUUUCUUCCUGUAAAUUAUAUUUGGCGCUUUAUCGCACUUGAAAGCUAAACAGUCACAUAUUCAUUUGGAAAACAAUAAAAGUGAUUCUUCGAAACAAGUUAUCUAUACUUUCAAAGUAUGAUUAAAAAUAUUCACAAGGCGAUAACUAUUUUGGUUAACGGAAAUUAUGUUAUACGUUGCGAUGGAUGAAACAUUGAUUUAGAUUGGUUGGCAUCAAAAUAGACGCCCAACGAAUAAAGGGCUGCCAAUUUUCGAGUAUAAUAUUUAUUCCUCUGGUUACCCAGCAGUGACAGCAGACUGAGUGAACAGUUGUUAAUAGCUGAUUCAAAAUGGCUUCUCUAGCAUUGCCAAGAAAAAUAUAUCCAGCCAAAAAAAAGUUUAUUUCUGAAGACUUAAAAGAAGCCGAGCGUCUUCUUGAAAACUUGAAAAACUCUGAAUUCGAGAUAGAAUUUCGUUAUAAAGCAUGGAUAGAACACCGGGAGAAGAGCAUUAAAAGUAUAGAAUGUCUAGAAAAAAAGCUUGAGAACUUGCAUCAAGCAUGCAAUAUUGCAAAUGGUGUCGGAUCUGCAAUGGAGAUUGUCGGAGGGGUGGCAAUGAUAGCAGGAGCUAUUCUUACUGCUUGUGGCCACAAAGAUGUGGGCGAGUUUCUGACAAAGAAAGUUUCUACUGUAUCCACUGUAACAGGAGUUGCCACUACUGCAACAUCAUCCGUCACAGAAACAGGAUUAACCAUCAAGACCAUGAACGAAGCUAAAUUGGUGCUGGAAAAAGAUCGAGCAUACACACGCUUACUCAUGCAAAACCUGCAGAAUUCAAAAGAGAUCGAUUCACGCUUAAAGCGCAUUUUUAAUUGCAGCAUUUUGUCAAACGUUUUUGUGCAUGUAGUUCGACUCGUCCAGGAGGGUAUUGUGCUGUUACAGGGCGGUUGUGUAGAAAUCGACAAGCUGAUGUAUGAGCUAAAGUCUAAAUUAUCAAAAUGCACCAACGUUUUAGAUUUAGCUGCAAUGUCGGAAACAAUUCUUCAAAAUGUACAUGCUACAAUGAAAAGAAUAAUAACUAAUCGGAAUGCUCAUAAAGCUGUAAGGAAUAUUUGCGAGAUAAUUCAACGAUCGCCUUUGGCAAUUGAAUUUGUCAAGUUGGGCCUAAGGACAACUCUUCAGAUUUGUGACGUUUUAAAAAUAGAUGUUUUUACUAGCGCCCUUGGUUUGGGUCUAAUGAGGAGCAGUGCUGGCGUAAUGGCUACAAAAUGCUUACUGGGCUCAGUACAUGUUGCAGUUAGUGCACUCGCAUUAAUUAGUGCAGUAAAAAGUGCUCAAGAAGGAACAUCGGAGCACUCAAAAAUGCUAAAGGAAGUCAAACAGGUGCUGAUUACGGAACUAAAUACUGUUCGUAAAAAUUAUUCGAAUGUUCCUUAAAUAGGAGAUAUGAAAAUUUUUAGAAAUUGCUUCAGCAGUGCAAACCAGUUGAAUUUUAAAAAAGCAAACUUUUCAAGAUCGCUUACUUAACUAUUCUAAAUGUUGAAAUUCCUUUUUAUGAAAAUCUACCACAUUAAUUUGUACCAUUGAAGGCCUUAACGUGGUUACCCUCCGUGUUUUUCACUUAAUCAAAGGCUUGAAGAAAAAAGAAGAAAUACUAGAAUCAAUUGAAAUUUCUUAUUUUCGCCGCUUUUAUAUGCGAUACUUGAGAAUUGAAUUUUUACAAUAAGCAAAAUGAAAACAAAAUUAUUGCAAAAACGGAUCAUUCGAAUUUGCUAUUUCUAUUGGUUGUUUCAAUGAAGAUCUAAAAUUCGAAAGCAUGGUCAAAAAGUUGUAUUAAUUUAUGGAGAUACGUUUUUCCUUCCUUCUCCGACUCAUUCUCUUCUGUAUUUGGGAACUCAUCUGACCAUAGUUCAAAAUUUUGAGGUUCAUUCCAAAAUAGCCUUUGUGUUGUUUCUAAAUUGGACAUAAAUACAACUAAAUUAAAAUGAAUGAUUUUCUUCCAAUGAUUUCUAAACUGAAUGAUAAAGAUGUUUUACUGUUUACCAGCAAAAAUAAUAAUAAUAAACUAUGAUGAUACUUUUGAGACCAAGUCAAGAUCUCAAGCCAAGUUUGGUUUAGGCAAGGUCGAUACUUUUCAAUAUUUUGAAGCAAGUAUAUUGUUUUAUUGGUAUUGUGGUGAAUUGCAUAUAAGCCAGUAACAACGCUUCUACCCGGACAGCUGUUUUGCUAAAAUCGGAUCGUUACUGGACUGCUAACCAAAAGGUCCCAGGUUCUAUCCUCACGUGUCUCAUACCUCUUCAGUAUCUUAUUAGCAUAUCUACCAAGUACAUGAGACAAAGAAAAAGUAUGCCUGGAAAGUUGGCUUAAAGGAAGAACUUUCCGAAUAAAGUUGGACUGUGUUUUCUUUAGAGUGAGAUUUAUUCACCAAAAAAUACCAUGGCUUUGACGAAUAAGCUGCGCAUUUCAAUCUCUCGCAAAAUGCGGGAUCUUUAAUACCCUGCACCGAAAAUCGUGAAGAUUCUUGAUGGAUAAACAUGCGAGGAAAAAGUGAAUCCUGUCUUUUUAAGACAGCAUCAGGAAAAAAAAUCUAGAAAUUCAAACUGGAAAAAAUGGCCGCAUUAAGGCUUUGCAAAAAAAUAUAUAUACAGAUUAUCAGAGCAAAUUUUAAUUUACAAGGACUACAGCUACUUCUAUAUUAAAAUCAACCCAUGGCUCAACAUCAUGUAAUAUAAUAAGGCUUGGAACUUUCUUAUUGUCUACACCAACUAAUCCAUACUCUCACUAGGAACUUAAGAGAAAGUUCCUAUUGGGAAAUCUUUAAAUUAAAGAUGACUUUUAAAAAAGGAAAUCCAUCUCAUUUACUUGGUUUGUUUGUUUUUUAUAUUAAUGACGAAAAUUGUACUAAAGAUGAUGGCAACUAUGAUGUAUAUUAAUUCUACGUAAAAUAAAGUUAAUUUUUUCAAUAUGAA